AUGAGCCCAAUGUCUUGGAGGGGAAUGUCGAGUCUGACGGACUUGGCUCCCCCAUGCCUUUUUCUGCGAGUAACCCACUCGAAGGACUUCGGCGUCACCUUGGUCACCGUCCGUUCCACAAUUCGCCUGUACCAUCCCCAUUCGCCUGUACCAUCUGUACAGAACCUCGGUGCCUUGCAAGAAAACACCGAGUCUCGUGAAGUCAAAACCGUUGGGCGUCCUUCUAAUGACAACCCACUUUUCGGUUUGCCGCAAGACGGGCGCUACAAGCCAUCCGAGUUGCAGGACUUAACAGCCGCAUUUACGCGUCUCUCGACGUCCAACAAUCCCGGCUCAAGCACUGGAGCUUUGUUCCAAGCCUGUACCCCGCCCGGUCCCUCGGCGACCCGUCUUUCUCCUAGGAAGGGUUUAAAGUAUUAUGCCAUCAUCAUUGGAAAAUGCAUCGGCGUUUACUACGGUGAAUGGGAUGACGUCAGGUGCCUCAUAGACUACGUUACGGGUGCUCAAUACAAGUCCUUCAAGUCUCUUGCAGAGGCGGCUGAGUUUUACCUAGAGCAUAAGACGAAGCAUAAAGUUAGGGUGGUUCGUAAUCCAGGAGAUGGGGAUAGGUUUGGUCCUGAGGCCGAUGCCAUUCAGUAG